GUUGGCGAAGCAACCGACAUCAUUUAGUCUCACUCUUACCUUUACUCGCCGCUCCCCAUUUCUCCCGCGCCUGCUCUGCGUUUUGACUACGCACUGAGGGAUCCUCUUGUAUCGUGUAAGGCGUUGAGAGAUGUUAUUAUCGAAUUUACGGUCCUCCAUUUCUCUGGUGCCGCUUCUCAAGACCACGGCAAUCUUCUCUACUGCUCACAAGCUAGGCUUCUCACUUUCUCGCUUCUCAGUCCGCUCCAUGGCUGCUUCUGCUUCUGAUUCUUCCCCUUUCAAGAAAAUCCAAAUUGAGAGGGAUGGCACUGAAUUCGAUGCUUAUGUUGUGGGGAGAGAUGAUGCCCCAGGAAUUGUUGUUCUUCAAGAAUGGUGGGGAGUGGAUUAUGAAGUCAAGAAUCAUGCUGUGAAGAUAUCUGAGCUUGGGUCUGGUUUCAAGGCACUUAUUCCCGAUUUGUAUCGAGGUAAGGUUGGGUUAGAUGUUGCUGAAGCGCAACAUCUGAUGGAAGGUCUCGACUGGCAAGGUGCUGUGAAGGAUAUAAAUGCUUCAGUUAACUGGCUCAAGGCUAAUGGCUCCAAGAAGGUUGGUGUAACUGGAUACUGCAUGGGGGGUGCUCUUUCAAUUGCAAGUUCUGUUUUGAUCCCUGAGGUUGAUGCUGUUGUUUCAUUCUAUGGAGUUCCUUCAUCAGAGCUCGCAGAUCCUGCCCAGGCUAAGGCACCCAUUCAGGCUCAUUUUGGAGAGCUCGAUUCUUUUGUUGGCUUCUCCGACUUGACGGCUGCCAAGAAACUGGAGGAAAAGCUGAAAGAAUCAGGAAUUCCAUAUGAGGUGCAUAUAUAUAAAGGAAGUGGGCAUGCUUUCAUGAACCGAUCCGAAGAAGGUGUGAAGAGGAGGAAGAACAUGGGAAUGGAGGACGAGGACGAUAGCGCGGUUGAACUGGCAUGGUCUCGCUUCCAAUCCUGGAUGUCAAGAUACCUCUCAGCUUGAACAGGAACUUUGUUUGCAUUCAUGGGCAGUGUUUGUUAAGGAGAAAUGUAACUCUUGGUUUCUCAAGGUUGCUCUUGCUUGAAUAUUACGGUCUCUAUUUCAAAGUUAUGUUUCCUUCCUGGGUCUUCUGUCAUUUAAUAUUGUCAUCUCACUACACAUGAUCUUUCAUAAGUCAACGAAGUAUCAAUUU